CCGUAAACUUGUUUCUCUGGAGCCAUAUUCACAGUUAAACCAACAACCCGUAUUUUGUUUAUUUGUCUUACAACGUACCGCUGGCCCUUAGAGCUGUUGAGAAUUCAGGGACCAUGGCAGCUGUGGGGACAUGGUCAUUCUCUCAGCCUGCUGUGGAUAGACUUCGGUCCUUGAUUACUUCUGGAUGUCAUGCUACUGAUGCUGUGGAGGAAGCCAUGGCAGAGAUGGAAAAUGACCCAGAGACAGGCCGCCACAUUGUGGGAAGAGGAGGAUUCCCAAACAGUGAAGGGUUGCUGGAGUGUGAUGCUGCAAUAAUGCAAGGCACUGCUGGGAAAUUUGGAGCAGUGGCUGCUCUCAGAGGGAUAGGGACUCCAAUUCGGGUGGCUCGUAAGGUCAUGGAUAGAAGCCCCCAUAGUUUACUGGUAGGGGAUGGAGCAGCUAUCUUUGCCAGGGAACAGGGCUUUAGCAUAGAACCCAAUGAAAGCAUGCUGAGUGUACAUUCUACCAAAGCUUAUGAGGAAUAUCUUGAAAAUACACAAAAAGCCAGUGGACAUGACACACUUGGCCUCAUUGCUCUAGACAAGAUGGGAAAUAUAACAGUGGGAGUCUCCACUUCAGGGGCUCCCUUCAAAUCCCCAGGGCGGGUUGGGGACUCACCCAUCCCAGGUUCUGGUCUAUAUGCUGAACACAUGGUGGGGGCGGCUGCAGCCACAGGUGAUGGUGACAGAAUUAUGUGCUAUUGUCCAAGUUUCCAAAUUGUUCAACUGAUGAAACAGGGAUCCACCCCCAACGAGGCCUGCUGUGCUGUCCUGGAAGACAUCAGGAGAAGGACAUUUCCAGAAAAAUGUUUUGAGAUUGGACUGAUUGCCCUGAACAUGAAGGGUGAAGUGGGGGCUGCUUCCUCGUUGGAGUUCCCCUAUGUUUUCUGGGACAUGGAGAAUGAUUCUGUAGAGAUUCGAGUUCAGCUUCCACCUUCAAACAACAAUGAAUGACUUGAAGUACAAAAAAAUGCAGGGCUCUUAAGUUUAUCAAAAGUGUGGCGGCUUGAGAUUAACAUAGGCCUACCUAUUAUAAAGUUUUGGGUACAAAAAUCUGGGGGGAGCCCUGGGGGAGGGGGGGAGUUGAGACAGCUCUCAACUCAGCAGAAAAUGUAUCUCCAUAUGCCUGCGUUUCGUCCAUUAACUGUAGCGGGACAUGUUCACCCUUAAUUCUCAGCGUGAGAAAUACAGGGUGUUGCAUGAGAGCGUGAGAAAUGGUUGAAAUGCGCAAGUCUAACGGCGCGGAGACUUGAGAGCCCUGAGUGAUACCUUAAAUGACACCUCGAUGCAUCACAUUUACUUUAUACAUAUAUACUAGUGUCUAAAAGUAGAUAUGGAAAUUGUAGUUAGAAAAGUAUGUGGAUCAAAUGUGGACAUGUUUGUUGAAGGCAUCUCGAUGUAGCCUAGAUGGACGACUUGUAGGCUACUGUAACUCAUUCCUAUGUGCAGUGUGCUGACAAGCUUAUAGAAUGUUAUUUCCUAGCCUGUCCGUCUUAAGCCACCCACAUUUACUAGAUAAUUUUCCUUAUAUUGAGAAGAAUCUAGCCUGGCAAUCAGACGAAUCGGCGAGCUGACGGUUACUUGCUGCAUUUGAGAGUUGGUCUGGCGUUGCCAGUCUAAAGAAUGUUCUGACUUUUGGGUCACAUUCAGGAUUUUUUUUUAAAACUGAAUUUGUAUUGACAAUUUGGAGUUCUGUACUUUUGAGUAAUAUUUUUGGAAUACUCUAAUCAUUGAACAGUAAAAUAAAGCAUAUCCUUGCUGCUA